AAAAUGUUGUUGCAUUCUACAGAACUAAUUAUUUAUUUUCUUUUUGUUUUAAAGUUCAGUAAAAUAUGUUUUUAGUGUCAACAAUAUUCUGCAAUAGAUUAACUACUUUUAUCAAUGAUAAGAGAAAUAGAAGUUCAAUACUUCACUGACACAAAGAAUUUAAAUUGAAAUUGAGUGCAAAUCUAUAAUAGGAAUAUUAUUCUUUAAGGCAAUGUGGUCCACCUGGUCGCAUUCUUUGAUGUUUUUAACUUCUUAUACCUAUUUAUUGUUUGGAAAAUAAAUUAAGAAGAUUUUUUCUUAAGCAAAAUGAAAUUGAAACGAUAAAGCUAAGGGAAAAACAAAAAAUAGUUAAAUUAAGUUUGUGUUAAAGAUUCCAAAGAUUGAAUCUGAUUUUUGAUGUGUCCUAGUGAAGCUAAUCGCAUAGUUAUGGGCACACUUGUUUGAAUGUGUAUCUUUGAUAUAAAUUUCAUUUUGAGGAUCAGGACAGGUGUUAUCCCCUGUGGACAAUAGUAUUAAAAUAUGUGCAUAAAUCAUAUCUAGCCUCUAUUCCAGUUAGCACGUGUUGUAAGUCAGUUUUUUUGUAUGUACGAUUAUGAUGAAGAUAAAUAUACUUUGAAAUCAUUUUACGUCUCAAUAUUUGGUUUAUUACACAGGCUACAGAAGUUUUAUUUCAGCAGAAGACAAUCCAGGCUUGAUACGAGUAGGUGAUUUAGCCAAUCAACGUUGACCAUUUAGCGAUUAAGACCAAGAUAAUCUAAUAAGAGAAUCUUUUAUCUUAUCUUGUUAAGACGUAUUCAAGUUUGACUAUACGAUAUUUAUAUGCUUAAUCAACUAGAGCAUUUUGAAAAGAGCUCGUUUCAUCUUCAGCUAAUAAAGAAUUAGUUACUAUAUUAAUAACUAGAAACGUAAUGCACAAUUGCAUCAAAUGAUUGUUAUAAAAAGAUAAAAUGUGCAUUUUAGAUAAAAAGAUGUACAUUUCCUUUCAAUUUAGAAAAACAUUUCGUGUAAAAAAUCUUUUUUUCAAAUUAUAAGGUGGUCAAACAUAUGAAAUUAGCUCAGGUCUUAAGAUAAAGUUAUGCAGCACUGAAAAGAUUUGCAAAUCGAUUAGUUAUUUACAGUCGAUUGGCAAAUGUAAAAGGUAUAACAGUCCGGUUUACUUUUAUGUUGUUCUGAUAAACAAAAUUUGUCAAUCUUUUGAAUAAUACAAUUAAAUGAGAAAGCUUAAAAGUUAGAGCUUGAAAGUCUCUAAAAGUUAGUAGCUUAUAAGUCUAGUAAAUUAUCACGAAGAAUAAUUUGAUGUUAGUUAGGAUUUGUAAACUUCGCGAAAAAUUACGUUGCAGUGUAAAUAGGAGUUUAAACGACGCAACAAAGAACGUUAUAGACUGCACGCAUGCUAGAUAAUAUGUAGACCUUGGGUGGUUGUCUUCACUACUUUUGCUGGAUUCCUCUCCUUCUCCCACAUUUAUCUGACCAUAGUUAUAACUUUAAGCUCCUUUGGCUGUUUAUUAGAAAGCUGAAUGUUGCAUUGUACCGUUUUUUUGUAAUCUUGGAUCUAGUUAUGAUAUUGUGAAGGAUUCUUACAGAAUCCAACAGCAACAACACCAAUGGUUAACAUGUGAUAUAUACCUUCUCAAUGUGCCACGUGUAGCUAUUGCCUCACAUUUCAGACGCUACAAUAAGACCUCAUAUCUGAUAGGAGACGACGGUUGAGUUAAAUUAAAGAAUUAAAGAACGCCUGUUAGUUAAAUUAAAGAACGAUUUUUGUAAAACAGUAUAAUUAAACGGGUCAAAAAGAACCUCUGCUCAAUCAAUCACAUAUUCUAAAAAGUUUUUUAUGAAGCAGCUGUCAAGUGUGUUUGUUAAUCAACGCGCUUUCUUUAGUGACUGUAAUAAAUUGAGGCAACUUUGGCUUAAAAAGCAAAACAAGGAAUUUUAAUUAGGGCUCAAGUUUUUGCUCAAGUUUUGGCCAAUAUUUGCUCAGAAGAAUAUGGAAAAUUUGAAUGGCGGCAAUAAACAUAGAAAAAUUGUGUCUGCAAAACACAGAACAAUAGAAAAUAUAUUUACAAAUAUUUAAAAAGGUAUUGAUAUGGAUCAUUUGCCACUUAUGUAUAACUCGUCGACUGUGUUAUCCAAUAUCCUUGAUUUAUCCAUCUCAUUUAACUAUAAACUGAUUCAGCUAGAGCUAACCUGCUGGUUAUAUUAAGCAGGCUAUCGUCUACUACCACAGAUAUGUAUUCUGAUUUGUUCUUAUGCAACAGUACCGACCAAGUGUCUUUAUCGAAGGCUAUGACAACACAAGCCAUUUUGCUGCUUGCAACCGAUUUACUGGUGACGGUCUUAACAACAGUUGGGAAUGCACUAUUUAUGUUCGCAUUGUGCACAGACAAGUCACUGCACGCGCCUUCAAAUGCACUCAUUGGGUUACUUUGUGCUAGUGAUUUGUUGGUAGGGUUUAUUUGUCAACCUUUAUUUUUGGCACAUCUGUCACAACUUAUCAUGGAGUACAGGAUAGAUGGAACACAGCUCAAUGUGCUCUUUACUGUUCUUUACAACGGUAGUGGUGUAUCUUUCUUCUUCACUAUUUUAAUCAGCGUCGAUAGAUACCUGGCUGUAUGUCAUCCUUUCAAGUACCAUGCCAAAGCCACGUACACUAAGCAUCUUCUUGUGGGCAUAUCAUCAGGAUGCCUAUGGACAAUAACAUUUGGCUCUAUCAACUACGUGCAAGACGACGCACUUGUAAAUACAUAUGUGAAGAUAACUUAUUCCAUUUCUGCUUUAUCAGUAGUAAUAUUUUGUUACGCUUCAAUAUACCGCGUAAUCAGGAAACAGAGAAGGAAUGUCAUCACAAUAGGCCGAAUCUCUAGAGACGAAAUAGAGACCAAUGUCAAAAGGAAGAGAGAACAAGACAGGUCUAAAACAGUAGCCAUCAUAAUUGGCUUGAUUGUUAUUUGCUACGGCCCUUUUUUUAUAGUGAAGAUUUUGGGAAUGUUCCAGUCAUCGUUCUGCUGGAACUCUGCCAACGACUACAGCAAAUCAAUAUGGACGGCUUUCUGCAUUUUGUUGAACAGUUUGUUCAAUCCAAUUGUCUAUUUUGUACGGUCCAAAGAAUUUUCAUCAUCACUUCGCAGAAAAUUUCGACGAUGUUAUAGCCAAACUUGUUGAACAUAGACUUCCUCAUAUAACUGAAACGUUAACGCUUAAUCUGUUAUAUUGAGACAAGAUAUAUUUUCUUCUGCAGAGAUGCACAAAAUGUCAUGACCCUUUUGACAUAUGCAUCCUCUACGUCCAGUUUCAUCAUGGUAAGCUGCUUGCUACUUGGAUGAAUCCUUCCAUUUACUAGUCCUUGGGAAAUCCCCACAAAAUGGUGGAUAUAUUGCACAGCUUACUUAAAGGUAAUGUGUCCAGCUAUAGCAAGCGACUCUGCGGGGGUUUUUAGAAACAUGUGAUUUUUCAUGUCAUCGCCCCAGCCACUACGGUCGUUUGGUUUAUCUAUACUGCUGCGAGGUUAGCUUUUCAUGUGAGCAGUUUGCAUCGCAAGAAUACUAACCAAUUGCAAACUGUUAUUUUGAUGGGUGGCUUGACAAGUUGGGUAUACGCAGUCCUUUUAUAUGGACACAUUACCUUUAAGGGAAUAGAAAAAUUAAUUAAAUACAAUACAGCGUUGUCUGUUCUUGAAAGUUCAUCACUUCAAACGUAAUCUAAUCAGGCAAAAUAGCAGUUAGCAUCUUCUGUAAAAUCAGAAAUUAAUCAGAAGUUACAGAAAUUAAGAAAAUACUUGAAACACCUAUACCUUGGUAGUCCUAAAUUCUUUCGGCAAUGAACAUUUCUGUGUCACCGUGAUUUUGUACAAAUAGAUUGAUUUCAGAAAAUAAAUUGAUUGAUUGCUUAACAACUUGGUAUUUGCUUUGAAAAGAAGACUAGGCUGAGGUACUAUUAUCAUGAAUUUUAAAAGUUUAUUUUCCAAGCAUUCAGUCAUUAAGCGUUGUUCGUUGCUUCUAUUGCAGUAAACAAUUAUGAUAACCAUUGAACACUAAAGCGGGAAUUAAUUAAGGCUUCUAACUGGCUAUUGGCUUGGCCAAAUAACUCUGAAUAAUAUCUGGAUCUAAAUCAAACCGUAGUCUCUUCAUAACUUCCAGCAAAGAUAGCAGGACAAUAAAUAUAAGCAUAAAUAAAAACUUGAGCAGUUUGACUUUAUUAAAAAUCUUUGAGUAAUUAUAGAUAAUAAACAAAGAUAAUUAUAAACAAGUGACUACAAAACUGUGUAAAGGAAUUGGAAUCCCUUGCGAAGUAGGACCCACUUGUACCAAAAAGCAUACCUAGAACACAGUAUAUAUAUAGUUUCUUCAGACACAAGUACUUUGUGGAAUUCUUAACUAGGGCUGUGCCAAAAAUCAUUGACUGAACCAACAAAAUUUUAUUCUCGUAAAGCUAUUGGCGUUAUUUAUUCUGCAAAUUAUUUUGCCAGGAGUGUAAAGUAUAUAUAAGCGUUUAAAAUACGUAGUUGCGUUGAAAUUUGCAAGCUAGAAAUUUUUAAACACAUGUUUAAAGUUUCCCGAACUCUUGUAAAUGAAUUUGUUUGAACAAAAUGGCUAUAUAAAUACGAUACAAGGCAAUCCUUUCGUCGUGCUUUCUCUUUACUAACCAUAUCAAGCUACUUUAAAAUAAACUUUGUUAUUUUUUAUGGGAUUACACUCUGGGAAUUCUUAGCAAUAGACUUGAAUUAUAAGCCAAAUAAAAAUUGCUUCAACAUAAAAACAAAGUAUUAUCUAUUGCCUUACAAAAUGACAAAAGCAACCAAGAAAAGUUGAUCGACCUCUUAUAAAAAUAUUUUGAUACACAUCUUUUAGAUUUUAAUUUUUUUAUUUUUCACUUUCUUUUCUUGCUGUUGAUUCCUUCUUGUUGUUAUUCAUUCAUUCAAGUUCAAGCACUAUUGUUAAAAAAUCAUGCUAAACGCAUAGAGGUAGAUGAUAAUAGGGGUUCACUUUAGUUUUCUUCGUGUGUCCCUCAAUGCUUAAUUUAUCAAGCAAUGCAAUUAAACAAUAUUUGCUCAAAAAAAAUUGGGGUUGACAUUUCGCCGUGGCACACAAAAAGCGAAGAAACAGACGGGUGCAAAUGAAAGAUGGCAUGUUUUACUUCUAAAUUGAACCAAAGACUGGACGAACAGACUAAUAGACCUUAAGACUAACAUGAAUCACGAUAUGAAUAACGUGACAUAGACUGUAUAAAACGCUUUAGCAUAACUUUAAAGCCCUAGCCACUCCUAAAUUUUGAAAGAAGUUCCUGUCUGGAAGUUCUAUCCUACUUUCUACAGUUCUAUCCCACCUGGAACAUGUGACGCAAACUUUUUGAAAAGAUUUGUCAAUAAAAAUACUCUUAGAUAGAUAUUGAGAUUCUAGUGGAAUGGGCUAUAUAAAGGACAAAAGUUAAUAUCCAUUGUAGAGAAUUUCACCUGUCAGUUUCACCUGUCAUAUAGUGCUGGGUGCAGUAUAGGCAGAGCUUUCUCGCUUUGGUUAAUAGAGCGGGAUUCAGGGCUGUCGCUACAGGGGGUGGGGUGUGGGGGGAUGUGACACCCCCAGACCCUAACCUUGUCAGCAAAUCUUCGAAAAUGGAAGUUGUUUUGUCGGCAAACUCUUGGAAGCUGGCAAAUUUUCAGAAGAAAGAUAGAGCAUUCUACCAUUUUCAAAUAGAUAUUAUCGGUUGUUGAUGACAGCACCAGUCACUGUUGAAAUUGGUGAAAACCUAUCGAGAAUGAUUGAUGAUCGUUCAAACUCUCUUAUGCUAAAGGCCAGGUGCGGUCUGGCCCGGGUGGCAAAGUGGUGAUCCCCACCGGGCCCUCAGACAUGUAAAGUAAAGGAAAAUUACGGGCCCUUUCUGCAAAAGUUAGAGUGGGGAAGAUAAUUUCAUAGACUGAGACACUACAGUCAGAGCCAAGACCCUAACAUGCGUGCUGGCUUCACAACUAAGCAAGUCUGCGCGCAGGCCAAAGGGCCCACUAUGAUCAACAACCACUAUACAGAAAUUCUAUUUCAAAUUUCGCACAAAGAAAAAUUUGUCCUACUUUCUAGAAAAAUAAUUUGAAACUGUAUGUGGGAAUCAAGGAGCUGUUGUUUUUAGGUAGUUUUCUGGAGUCGCCAUUGUUACAUUUCUAGGUAAUAAUAAUAAUGACCUUCCAUACAUUAUCAGACGUUCCCUAGGGUUAUAUCAGUCUAAUGGAAGAAAGUUGCGCAGGAAGAAAGCUUCUCAAUUUGGGAAAUCCUUGGAAUCAUUUUUCCGAAAGAAGCGAAAUAGGACUUUUGCAAAAACAAACUUUCGCGUUUUAGUGAAAAUCAUGAACUUUGCUUGAAAAACAUUUCUAUUCAAUUGAGGUUUCCUUCUAUUUUUAUUCCACGUAAUACCAGCAAACAACGAGAAGAUGUAAAAUUUGUCUAAAGCAAUCAUUCUUUAUCAAAGCUUUCAAGAGGAUCAACAGCAAAAUUUUCUGGAUAUUUCACAAAAUAAAUUUUCGCAAAUUUAGUAUUUCGGGAAGUUUCGCGUAUAAACGCUAAAAACGCAAAAUUUUUUGCUUCCCUCGAAAGUUUCUACCCGUAAAAAUUUCUUCCUUGAAAGUAGCAAGCAACAGACAAAGGCCU